UGAGUCCCUCUAAAAAUAGCAUGUUUUAAAAAUCCGUUUCAGCCCUUUGAGGUCCAGGUGUGAGCAGAGCCUUAUUCCAGUGAUGUGCGAUGGCGCGGGGGCGGGUCCGGAUUAGUGGCGUCAUGCAGAAGGAGCUGAAGAUGGUUCCCGGCAGCACUUCGCUUGCACACCGCGGCGGCUGGGCUCAGCUUCCAAAACACCGAUAUAUAUGAGAACGAGGAAAGGGGGUAAAAAAAAAAACAAAACAAAAAAACAUUUAUAGAACGAAACAAAGUGUUUUCGGCUCUGUUAUCAAAAGCUGCACUCAAACAGCGAUGGGUUCGACCACGGAGGCAGAUUUUAAACAGAAAUUGAUUUGGAAUGUCAAAAGAGAGGUGAAGCAGCUCAUGGAAGAGGCUGUGACGAAGAAGUUUGUUCACGAGGACAGCAGCCACAUUAUCGCGCUGUGCAGCACAGUGGAAGCCUGUCUCCUCCACAUGCUGAAGCGCAGAGCGGCCGGGUUCCUGCGCAGCGACAAGAUCGCAGCCCUCUUCACCAAGAUCGGCAAGGUGUCCUCCACAGCGGGGGAGGUGUGCAGGAAGGUGACGGAGCUGCAGCAGCAGCACGCCGAGGGAGGCAGGCGAGCCCAGUGCAGCGGUCAGGAGUCCCUGAAGAGGCAGGGCUCGACGGCAGGGAGAGCCCCCCAGUCCCUCACCCCCCAGGCCCUCAAGCACAUCUGGGUGCGCACGGCCCUCUUCGACAAGGUGCUGGACAAGAUCGUGCAGUACGUCGUUGACAACUCCAGUAAAUACUAUGAGAAGGAAGCCCUGAUGCACGAUGCAGUGUAUGGUCCUAUUCUCGCAGCUCUUCUCGUUGGGCCGUGCGCGCUGGAGUACUCCAAGCUGAAAACCAGUGAUCACUUCUGGACGGACCCCUCGGCCAACGAGCUGGUGCAGCGACACCGGAUCCACGGGGCCCACGGGCGGCAGGACUCCUCCCCAUCCAAGAGGCCUGCCCUGGGGAUCCGGAAGAGGCAGUCCAGCGGCAGCAUGUCGGAGGACAGGUUGGCGGCGUCGGCGCGGGAUUAUGUGGAGUCGCUGCACCAGAACUCCAGGACACACCUGCUGUACGGGAAGAACAAUGUGCUGGUGCAGCCGAAGGAGCACAUGGAGGCGUUGCGGGGCUACCUCUCUCUGCACCAGGCAGCCGGGCACCUCACCCUCAAGUGGACCCCCAACCAGCUGAUGAACGGGACCCUGGGGGACUGCGACCUGGAGAAGAGCAUUUACUGGGAUUAUGCCCUGACCGUGCCUUUAAGCCAAAUAGUCUGCAUUCACUGCCAUCAACGACCGGACUGUGGUGGGACGCUGGUGCUGGUGAGCCAGGAUGGGAUCCAGCGGCCCCCCCUUCACUUCCCCGAGGGGGGGCACCUCCUGGCGUUCCUGUCCUGCCUGGAGAACGGGCUGCUGCCUCGGGGCCAGCUCGAACCCCCGCUCUGGACCCAGAGAGGCAAGUUCUCUGAUGCCACCUGCUGGGAGUCCACAGACACUGCAGGUCUGGGUAAAGUGUUCCCGAAGCUUCGGAGGAGGAACAGCACGAUCAAACUGGGGGAGACGAGGGAGGAGGAGAUUGCCACCGACUACGUCUUUCGAAUCGUCUCUGCCGGCCACCGGCACGACUCCAUCACUAUAAACUACCACCACAUGGCGGGGAGCCGCGUGCCCUCUGUGGACGAAGAUGAGGAAGAGGAGGAUAGGCUUCACGCCAUGAUCUCAAUGAUCUGCUCUCGGAACCUCACAGCUCCUAAUAUGAUGAAAGAUCCUAAUGAAAUGAUCGAGAUGCAGGGCUUUGGCAGCAGUCCCCUGUCCUGGCAGCAGGGGGAGUCCAACAGCCGUGUCUCUUCCUGUCUCUCCUGCUCCACAGGAAGCAGCAACACACCCCAUGACCUGCCCAUUGGCAGCACCUGUAUCCACGACAGGAUACCUCUGAAGAUGCUUUGUCAAAAUAUGAAGAGGCAGAUUGUAUCAAGGGCUUUUUACGGAUGGUUGGCGUACUGUCGCCACCUGUCCACGGUCCGGACACACCUGUCCGCUCUCGUCAAUCGCAGCAUCGUGCCACCUGGCGAGCCAUGCGAGGCUUCAGGGGGCCUCAGCAAGGAGGUGUGGAGCAAGUACCAGAAGGACUGCAAGAACUACAAGGAGCUGGAGCUGCUGCGGCUGGUGUACUACGGGGGCGUGGAGCACGAGAUCAGGAAGGAGGUGUGGCCCUUCCUGCUGGGGCACUACAGGUUCGGAAUGACCAAGAAGGAGAUGGGACAGAUCGAUGAGAAGAUGGCAGUGAAGUACCAGAAGGUGAUGUGGGAGUGGAAAGCAUGCGAGGUGAUUGUGAAGCAGCGUGAGAAGGAGUCUCACUCCACCGCCUUCUCCAAGUUCUCUUCAGGGAGUAGCAUUGACAGCCACGUGCUGAGACUCGUUCACCGGGACUCCACCAUCAGCAACGAGGUGUUCAUGUCCGUGGACGAGCUGGAGGCAGCGCGGCGAGACCGCGGCCAGGACGAUGGGGCAUCCACGCUGCUCCACGCGAGGACCCCGGGGGCGGAUGAGGGCCCUUCCGUGGAGUUUGAGUCUCCGGACUCCGGCCUGCCCUCCUCGCGGAACUACUCGGUUACGUCGGGACACUCGCAGGUCACGUCCAGCAUCGAGGACGAGGCCGGGCCGGAGACCGGGGACGAGGCGCAGGAGCACAGGGCUCGGGAGAUGCUGAGGAAGGAGGGAGCCCAGGACUCCAUCAGCGAGGAGCAGCUCUGCAGCCAGCUGGACAUGCUGAUGGGCGGAGAAGGGGGUUCCCUGCCGUCGUUCACUUCAUACACGAUCGAGCUGUUGGACACAGUGGCCUUGAACCUGCACAGGAUAGACAAGGAUGUGCAGCGCUGUGACCGCAACUACUGGUACUUCACUGCGGACAACCUGGAGAAGCUGAGGAGCAUCAUCUGCAGCUAUGUUUGGGAGCACCUGGAGGUGGGCUAUGUGCAGGGGAUGUGUGAUCUCCUCGCACCACUGAUGGUCGUCCUGGAUAACGAAUCCCUGGCAUACAGCUGCUUCACCCAGCUCAUGAAGAGAAUGAGCCAGAACUUCCCAAACGGAGGGGCCAUGGAUACACACUUCGCCAACAUGAGGUCUUUAAUACAGAUUUUGGACUCUGAGCUGUUUGAGCUAAUGCAUCAGAAUGGGGACUAUACACAUUUUUACUUCUGCUAUCGCUGGUUUUUGCUGGAUUUCAAACGAGAGCUGCUGUACGAGGAUGUGUUUGCGGUUUGGGAGGUGAUCUGGGUGGCUAAGCACAUCUCCUCGGAACACUUUGUCCUCUUCAUCGCUCUGGCCCUGGUCGAGGUCUACAGGGAGAUCAUCCGAGACAACAACAUGGACUUCACUGACAUCAUCAAGUUCUUCAACGAAAUGGCAGAGCGUCACGACGUGCAGCAGAUCCUGCGGCUAGCCAGGGAGCUGGUGUACAAGGUGCAGACUCUGAUCGAGAACAAGUGAGCGUCGCUGGAGAGGACUGACCCAGCACAGAGUGCAGCCCAACCAGGGGGCCCCCCCUCCCCCGAGACACAGCGAGAGGGGCCCCUGCGCUGACCGCUCGGAAAGAGGCCCUGUCCCCUUCCUCAACAGGACACCCAACGUGACGAGCGAGUAAGGGAGAGAAAAACUAAAACGCUUUGAUAUUUGAAAAAGGGGGGGGUGACUAACUGAUAAAUCCAGGGAGCAGGUUGGAGGGUCUGAUCCAGUGUUUCUCUGCCUGCUUUUCCUAUGAAUGUUUGUACAUGUGUUUUAAUUAAUUUUAUUUCGUCUUUCGUUACCGGGCUGUCAGGAGGAAUAUAACACAGACACACACGGUAUAUUGAAAUGCCUUAGACAGUAUAUUGAAAUGCCUUACAGACAGUAUAUUGAAAUGCCUUGGCACAGUCCUCUAGUCACGACCACAGUGUAAUGACCAUUUCUUUUGGCAGAUGGUAAAGUAUUCUCUGUGGCUCAGUGGCUGUGGCUACUUACAAAGACAGCAGGACAGUGAAGUUUGGGUUUUUAACUCCUUCCUGAGCCAAUGAGAGAGAGAGAGAGGUAGGAGGCGGUCAGUAUUCAGUGUGCUUGAACUCCUACUGGAACCCAGGUCCUUGCAAGUUGCAAGCCAGCUCUGUAACCACAACCAAUGAGCUACAGUACCAGUAGCUCUACUUGGUGUGUUGUUAUAGGGGUGGCAUAAGAAAAUGAUGGACCUAAAUGAAGAACCUAAAUUAAACAGAGUUCAAAUGACUUCAGUAUAUUGUGCCAUAAAGUAAAACAUCACCAUACUGCUACAAUUGUUGUAGUGGUGCCAAGGACAGAGUCUGCUUUAAACAGAAUAUUGUAUGCCAGUGAGCCACAGUUUUAACACAUCACUUCAAACCAAUCAGAUCGCGUACAGGUGUAGCAUGACAGUGCACUGUGUUACCAAAGCAUUGUGAUUGGCUGCUGACUGACCUAUACUCUUUUGUCCUGUAGUUUUAAGUGUAUUUAAUUCUGCCUUGUUUUAUGUUAAAACGUAAUUUUCGUUUUUUUCUUUAUCUGAAAUUCAAAAACAGGAAUUGAAACCAAAAAAAAAAAGUGUUAAAAUGCAUGACCUUUUAUUAUGUAAGUCGUCGAUGUGUUAGAAUGUUUGAGAUGCACGAAUUGGAUUUUAAAAGGGUGUAUUUCUAAAAUGUUGAUUUUGGAGUGUAUACAGAUUUUAGUGCUGCACAGUAUUUGUGAGAGCCUGCUUUCUCCCGUAGUGAUGUCAAACACAGUAACCCCUCGCUGUAACGGGGGAGUUGCUUCCCAAACGCACGAUUCAAAAUGGACCAACGUUACAAAUUCACACUGAGAGCAUUAUUUUUUAAUGUACCUGGAAAGGCAUUUACUUUAACCCUACAACGCCAACUUUAAAAACAAGAGAAUUAUUUUGUAUUGUUUUAGUUAAUGUUAUCGUGCAGCUGUUACUAUAUAUAUGCCCUCUUCCACUAAAACAGCAGUUUUAGCCAAUAUGUGCCACAUCCGUCCUGUGCAAUACAGAGUGAAGUGGGCAGAAGUUGUUAUUAAUAACAGCUGUUAUUAAUAGUGUUGCAGGAGUUGUUUUCAAUGAACCCUACCCUUCAUUGCACACGCUCGUCUUCAGCACACAGGGAAGCGCCAGCUAGUGCUGUUUGAAAGAGAGGCUUUAUCAUUCACACUGUGUGUGCAGAAUAACCAGAUUCAGCCUCUGCAUGAGAAACAGUGCAUUUCUCUAUUGUAAGAGUAAUCCUGCAGUGUGGCCACCAGAUUGCAUCACACAAAGACAAUUAUGAUUGGACUGAACUGAGCCAGAGUAUUCUCCCUGUAGGUAAAGAACACAAAACCAAAGCUGUUCUUGAUAGCAGUGACAUUAACAACCGUACAGGAAAGCACACGGGUGCAAAGCCCCGAUCCACAAGUGUGACCGACUUACACAGCUGCAUUGUGCUGAAAAUCAACAGCAGUCCUGCUUAGUGGUAAACAGGGAUAUAGGCAUUAUUCUGUAGGAGUUUUUCCAUUCCAGUAACUGAACUUUAUAAACAAGGCUGCAAAUGUACGUUUUAAAAAGUUUUUUUUUAAUUAGUGUAGGAAAUAUGUUGCUGUACAUAACAAAUAUUGUGAGAUCUUAUUACUAAUAUAUAUAUUUAUUUAAAAUAGCCUUAGCAUGGGAGACAGCAUUAUCUAUCGGUAUCUCUACAAUCCACUGUGCCACCCAGCCUGUGUCUUUCCAGGACGAUGACGAUGUGAUCAGUGGUGUGAUGUGCUUCAGCUCAUGCCCGUCCGUACCCUAAAACGACUCCGCUUUCACCCAAGCCGAACACACACGCCACACCCACGUCUUCUUCUUUAAAGACUGUACAAUGACUGUGACAGGGAAACAUGCACAGCUGCCAUACAAUGACGAGAAUAAGACACGCAGAAUAAGGGCCAAGCUGUGAGCAAAAACCAGCAACAAAAAAAGGGUUUCUUCACACGGGUGUGAGCUUAUAGGUGUGAUAAUACGAUCAUCUACUGUGUAUUUCUCCAAGCUGUAAAGAGGUGCAUUUUUUUCUUAAAUCACAUUCUACCUUUUGAAAGGUAUGUUGAUUGCAGUGAAACAAGGAAGCUGGCUCUUCUGAGCAUUAUUCAUUCCACUGAGGCAUGUGUAAUUGUGGGCAGGUUUUGGAGUAAUGCAAUUAGCAGCACGGCCUCAGACUCCACUGCUCCCUGCACCUGUGCCACAGCCUCUCCCAAGCUGUGUCAAACUGUACCUGCAGAGAGAGCUUCUGUGCACCAAAGCCCUCCUCUUCUUGUGAACAAUUGCAAUCACAAACCGUGCGGUAAGACUGUUUAUUUGGUUAUACAAUGAUGUGCAAUGUUAUGUAAAUAUAUUUUUUAUCCACGUUAUAUUAACUGGAAGACCAAUUAUUUUUUGCACUGAAUUUUUUUUUCUAAAGCAUUAAGAAAAAACACACGGCCCCCAGUCCCCUCCGUUUUCUUGUAUAGCUACAACGCUUCUUACCUGUCAAUCCUGUGUGUUCUUUAUGAAUGUUGUGCACUGCCUUUUCAUUUUUCUUUGGAAACCAAUAUUUGAAUGAAAAUUUUAAAAGAUGUAUUUAUUUAUCUUGAGUGUAACAUAUCAAUAAUAAUAAUAAAAAACAAUGUCUCAGCAAACCUCUUCAAUAGCGUGAACAGAACAUAUAAAAAUAAAUCUGACCUUGGGAGAAGAUCAGAAGCCACCACAAGAUGGAGCUAGAGAGCCACAAACUCACUGUACAUCCCAGCGGUUACUAUGGAAGUGAUCAGCUAUAGCCAAAAAGUUUUGCAUCACCUAGA